AUGAUUGAAAUUCAGGCAUUCAAGAACCUGCUUGUACAGUGCUUCGGCAAAGGAGAUGUUCCCAAGAAGGUUCUAGUGGCCCUUUCUGGGGGCGUUGAUUCCGUCUGUAUGACCUACUUAUUAAGCCAAUACAGAGAUAAGUUCAACCCUGAGAUGAAACUCCACGCAGUUACAAUCGAUCACAAUUAUCGAAAAGAAUCGGCAGAAGAAGCCCGUAAGGUUGGAGAACUCGUGUCUAAGUGGAAAGUAGACCACUAUGUGGUACCAUUGACGUACGAAAAGCCGUUGGACCAAAUCACCAAUUUUGAGUUGGUGGCUCGAACUAAGCGUUAUGAUGUGUUUGACAACUUGGCUAAACAGUUAAACAUCCACAACAUUUUUGUGGCCCACAACUACAACGACCAGCUUGAGACUUGUAUGCAGCGAAUCAGGGCCCAGUCGACGGUUUUUGGGUUGACAGGACUAAAACAACGAGCUUUGAUUCCGAUUCCCAACAAACUUCCAUUUGAUUAUGUGAAGCCUAUUGAAGUUGUCAGGCCCUUGUUAAGCUUCAGUAAGAAGGAAAUCAUCGACACGUGUGUCCAGAACAAUAUUCAGUGGUUUGAAGACAAAACCAACCAGGAUAUAUUCCUAACCGAUAGAAACUUGUAUCGGGUCGCUCUCAACGAGUAUAUCCCCGAGGUAUUGAAGAAAAAUCCUGACUCAGACUUCAAGUCUAUAAGUUACGAGAAGAUUGGUGAGACCAUUCAGCAGUCCAAGGCUCUCGUGUCUUAUGUUCAGGCUCGAACCAAGACUCUUAGAGAGCUGAUGUUGGAGAAAGACCAGCUUAGAUUCGACCCCAAGAAUGGGAUUGUGAGUUUGAAGAUGGACAAAAGUGCAUUCUUAGAAAACGGGCCUUUGGCCCUUGGUCGGUUCUUGUUUGAGAUAUUGCACCCAUACUCUGCCUCUCAGAACUAUUUCUGGUCGUUCACCAAAGUGUUGAACAAAGUGGUCCCCAGACUUAAUCGUAUUGUUGAAGAAGGAACAUUUUCACCCCAAAGGUUCACGAUUCUCCAUCUUGUGUUUGACGUUCGAGUGUUUGACGACAAUGUGGUGAUCAGAAUCUCCCGACAGCCAGUUUCGGGGCCAGCAUGGAACAAGGUGAUUCAAAAUCACAAAUCUUCCUCAGGCAUGUCCGAUUGGAUCCUUUACGAUAACCGAUACUGGCUUAGGUUUCGGUCCUCGUAUGAUGCUACCUUCACGAUAGUUCCCUACUAUCCACCCAAGCAUUUUCCUAUGCUCAAAAAGCAAUACCUUGGAGGAAUUCCGGGUAUGGCUGCAACACUGACACCUUUAAUCAUGUUCAAGAACGGAGACCUUUCUCUCCCCACCUACAACUUGGCUCCGUCAUCAUUUUAUGUAGAAUGGCAUCUUAAAGACAAUGCCAUUAUCGAAUUAGAAUAA